UACAGCGUUAUUCCAAAGCUACGCUAAACAGCCUCCCUGAAAGUAGCACACCCUUCACAGUUCACAGCUCGGGAGUCUGGGACAUCUCUGGAAACAUGUGGAGAAAAUCAGCGGCAGUUCUCUCAAUCACGCGCCGCCAUCUUCUUUCAACCCGCACCAACACACCACCCUCUCGAACCCUCACUCUAUUCUCCUAUUUCCACACCACACCAGAACAACCUAGGGUUUACAACACACUAACAUUUCAAUCACCCGCCACCGCGCGAUUUUCCCGGCGAAAUAUCAGCUCCGAUUCUCGCGACAUUCUCAAUUGCUGGAAUUGCAAUGCCGUCGCCGCAAGCACCACUCCUUUCCUGUUCUGUCAAUCGUGUCGCGCCGUGCAGCCCGUUGAUCAUUCCAUCGAUUACUUCCAGAUUUUCUCGCUGGAGAAGAGAUUUGAUAUUGAUGAUGAGAAUUUAGAGCGUAAGUAUAAAGACUGGCAGAAGAAGCUGCAUCCUGAUUUAGUUCAUUCUAAGUCCAAGGAGGAACGGGAGUAUGCUGCUGAACAGUCUGCUCGGGUAAUUGAUGCCUAUCGCACACUAACUGAUGCAUUGGCGCGGGCAAUGUACAUUAUGAGACUUGCAGGCGUUGAAGUAGAUGAAGAGCAAACUGUUUCAGAAUCUGAAUUGUUAUGUGAGAUUAUGGAAAUAAGAGAGGCUGUUGAAGAAGCUGCAGACCCACAGGCAUUGAAUGAGAUCAAAGCACAGAUGCAACAGAAAUUAAGGGUCUGGGGUGAGUCCUUUGCAAAUGCAUUUCAAAAUAAAAAUUAUGUAGAAGCUCAAAAGUCCAUUCAGAGGAUGACAUACUACAAGCGAGUAAAUGAAGAGAUUGUUAAGAAGCUCUAGUUGCAGGUGACGGCAUCUAACUCCUAGUCAACUGAGUGGAUUGGGACAACGGCUUCUUAUUACAGCUUAACUUUAAAGUUUAAAUAGCCAUGUUGGUUAAUGGUUACUAUCCAGGCACAGUCUAGUGCUCGUGCAGAAGGAUUGGCUUGGAUAAAGGGUGGUUUUAGAAAGAGCUAAUGUAUGCCAGAUCUGGAUUGAAAAUUUUGACGGCAGUUCACGGUUGACAAGUUUUUAAAUUAUAAAAUAAGGUAGCUAGUAUUUCUUGUAUUAUGCAAGUUACAGUAGUUUUGAGAUACAUAUAGGUUUUUUAUUUUUUGAAGAUUACUACUUAAUAACAAAUCCCGCAAGCAUUAUUUUAGUGCUCCAUUGUAUCUGCAUUUGAAGCAGAAUAUGAAACACACUCUGGUACUGCAUUAAAUUUUAUCCUAUAUAAAUUCAUCUUGGAAU